AUGGAGAGAGCUGGGGGCCAGACGCCUGGGAGCCCUGAGCCGUCCUUCCUGGUGACUCUGGGUGACCCUCAGGUGACCCUGCUGUCUGUCCACAAGCGGUGGUCCUUCAGGAGGAGCCCUAGGGCCACGGGCUCCUCUAGACCAGUGAUUUCGGAGGAGGAAUGCUCUCCCCCAUCAGAGAAGGGAGAAUUUUCACAGAAAGUUUUGACUAGAACACAGGAGGUCAGUUCCAAGCAGAUCCUGCCUAAGCUUUCCUGGCCUGCUCGAGCCUGGGAGCCAACGAUGAGGCAGAGUUUUGCCUUUGACAACAAUGGCUACGAGGACGGCCUGGAUGGCGCGCGCCCCUCUCAGACGGCCGCCGGCACCCUCAGCAUCGUGGGCAUGACCUGCCAGUCGUGUGUGAGGUCCAUCGAGGGCAGGCUGUCUAGUUUGACAGGCAUCGUGAGCGUUAAGGUCUCCCUGGAGCAGGGCAGCGCCAUGGUGAGGUACGUGCCCUCGGUCCUGAGCCUGCCUCAGGUUUGCUGUCAGAUUGAGGACAUGGGCUUCCAGGCCACUGUGGCGGAGGGAAAGUCUGCCUCCCGGCCAUCCAGGUUCUCGCCCGCCCUGGAGGCUGUGGUCAAGCUUCGGGUGGAGGGCAUGACGUGCCGGUCCUGCGUCAGCUCCAUAGAAGGCAAGAUCGGGAAACUGCAGGGCGUCGUGAGGGUCCGCGUCUCGCUCAGCAACCAGGAGGCAGUCAUCACUUACCAGCCUUACCUUAUCCAACCCCAAGACCUCAGGGACCGCGUGAACGACAUGGGGUUUGAAGCCGUCAUCAAGAACAAGGUGGCCCCCGUGAGCCUGGGACCUAUUGACAUCAGGCAGCUCCAGCGCACCCACCCAAAGGCCCCUCCGGCUUCCGUUAACCAGAAUGGCAAUAACUCAGAGAGCUCGGGGAGCCAGGGGGUGCCCCUGUAUCUGAGAGUGGAUGGAAUGCACUGCAAGUCUUGUGUCCUGAACAUCGAAGAAAAUAUUGGCCAGCAGCCAGGGGUUCAGAGUAUCCAAGUGUCCCUGGAGAACAGGACUGCCCAAGUCCAGUACGACCCUUCCCGCAUCUCCCCAGGGACCCUGCAGAGGGCCAUUGAGGCUCUGCCACCUGGGAACUUUAAAGUCUCUCUACCCGCUGGAGCGGAAGGGAGUGGGACGGACACCAGGAGCCCCCAGGCGCCCGGCGUGCCCUGCGCUGCAGUGCUGGCCAUCGCUGGCAUGACCUGCGAGUCCUGCGUCCGGUCCGUCGAGGGCCUGGUGUCGCAGAGGGAGGGAGUGCAGCGUAUCUCGGUGUCUUUGGCUGAAGGGACAGGAACGGUUCUCUACGAUCCAUCUCUAACUCACCCAGCAGAACUCCGAGCUGCGGUGGAGGACAUGGGAUUCGAGGCCUCCGUCCUGGCUGAAAACUGUUCCAGCAACCAUGCUGGGAACCACAGUGCUGGGAGCGCCAUGGGGCACACGGCGGCUGGUGCACCUGUGUCCGUGCAGGACACGACUCCCCAGCCCGGGGGGCUCCCUACAAACCACAACCCCGGCCUCGUGUCCAAGUCCCCUCGGGUCUCCGAAACCGUGGCCCCGCAGAAGUGCUUUCUACAGGUCAGAGGCAUGACCUGCGCAUCCUGUGUGUCCAACAUAGAGAGGAACCUGCAGAAAGAAGCUGGGAUUCUCUCUGUGCUGGUUGCGUUGAUGGCUGGAAAGGCAGAGGUGAAGUAUAACCCGGAAGUUAUCCAGCCCCUGGAGAUAACGCAGCUCAUCCAGGACCUGGGCUUCGAGGCAGAGGUGAUGGAGGACUACGCGGGCUCAGACGGCGACCUCGAGCUGACUAUCACGGGGAUGACCUGCACUUCCUGUGUUCACAACAUAGAGUCCAAACUCACAAGGACAAACGGCAUCACCUACGCCUCUGUGGCUCUCGCCACCAGCAAAGCCCACGUGAAGUUUGAUCCUGAAAUUAUCGGUCCGCGGGAUAUUGUCAGAAUUAUCGAGGAAAUCGGCUUUCAUGUCUCCCUGGCCCAGAGGAACCCCAACGCUCAUCACUUGGACCACAAGGUGGAAAUAAAGCAGUGGAAGAAGUCUUUCCUGUGCAGCCUGGUGUUUGGCGUCCCUGUCAUGGGUUUAAUGAUCUAUAUGUUGAUACCCAGCCACGAGCCCCACGAGUCGAUGCCUCUGGACCGCAACAUCAUCCCAGGACUGUCCAUCCUGAACCUCGUCUUCUUUAUCUUGUGUACCUUUGUCCAGUUCCUCGGGGGCUGGUACUUCUACGUUCAGGCCUACAAAUCUCUGAGACACAGGGCGGCCAACAUGGACGUGCUCAUCGUGCUGGCCACGAGCAUCGCCUACGUCUACUCCCUCGUCAUCCUGAUGGUGGCCGUCGCCGAGAAGGCGGAGAGGAGCCCCGUGACCUUCUUUGACACCCCCCCCAUGCUCUUCGUGUUCAUCGCCCUGGGGCGGUGGCUGGAACACGUGGCAAAGAGCAAAACUUCAGAAGCCCUCGCCAAACUCAUGUCUCUACAAGCCACGGAAGCCACCGUCGUGACCCUUGGGGAGGACAACUUAAUCAUCAGAGAGGAGCAGGUGCCCAUGGAGCUGGUGCAGCGUGGCGACGUCAUCAAGGUCGUCCCCGGGGGCAAGUUCCCAGUGGACGGGAAAGUCCUGGAAGGCAGCACCAUGGCCGACGAGUCCCUCAUCACAGGAGAGGCCAUGCCCGUCACGAAGAAGCCCGGCAGCACGGUGAUCGCCGGGUCCCUGAACGCCCACGGCUCCGUGCUCAUCACUGCCACCCACGUGGGCAACGACACCACCUUGGCUCAGAUUGUGAAGCUGGUAGAAGAGGCUCAGAUGUCCAAGGCACCCAUUCAGCAGCUGGCUGACCGGUUUAGUGGAUAUUUUGUCCCAUUUAUCAUCAUCACUUCAACUUUGACGUUGGUGGUGUGGAUUGUAAUCGGCUUUAUCGAUUUUGGUGUUGUUCAGAAAUACUUCCCUACGUCCAGCAAGCACAUCUCCCAGGCAGAGGUGGUCCUCCGGUUUGCAUUCCAGACGUCCAUCACGGUGCUGUGCAUCGCCUGCCCCUGCUCUCUGGGCCUGGCCACGCCCACGGCCGUCAUGGUGGGCACGGGGGUGGCCGCCCAGAAUGGCAUCCUCAUCAAGGGAGGCAAGCCUCUGGAGAUGGCCCACAAGAUAAAGACGGUGAUGUUUGACAAAACUGGCACCAUCACCCACGGGGUCCCCAGAGUCAUGCGGGUCCUCCUGCUCGUGGACGUGGCCACGCUGCCCCUCCGGAAGGUGCUCGCUGUGGUGGGGACUGCGGAGGCCAGCAGUGAGCACCCCCUGGGCGCGGCAGUCACCAGACACUGUAAAGAGGAACUUGGCACAGAGACCUUGGGAUACUGCACGGACUUCCAGGCGGUGCCCGGCUGUGGGAUCGGCUGUAAAGUCAGCAACGUGGAGGGCAUCCUGGCCCAGGAUGAGCGCCCGCGUGGCCAACCGACCGCCCACCUGAACGGGGUCAGCAGCGUCCCCGUGGAAACAGAUGCGGUCCCGCAGACCUUCUCUGUGCUGAUCGGCAACCGAGAGUGGAUGAGGCGCAACGGCUUGACCGUCACCAGCGACAUCAGCGACGCGAUGACCGAUCACGAGACGAAAGGCCAGACGGCCAUCCUGGUGGCCAUUGACGGUGUGCUCUGUGGCAUGAUCGCCAUCGCAGAUGCGGUCAAGCAGGAGGCCGCCCUGGCCGUGCACACACUGAAGAGCAUGGGCGUGGAUGUGGUUCUGAUCACGGGGGACAACCGCAAGACAGCCAGAGCCAUUGCCACCCAGGUUGGCAUCAACAAAGUCUUUGCAGAGGUGCUGCCUUCUCAUAAGGUGGCCAAGGUCCAGGAGCUCCAGAACGAGGGGAAGAGAGUGGCCAUGGUGGGCGAUGGUGUGAACGACUCCCCGGCCCUGGCCCGGGCCGACGUGGGCAUCGCCAUCGGGACAGGCACGGACGUGGCCAUUGAGGCGGCUGACGUCGUCCUCAUCAGAAAUGACUUGCUCGACGUGGUGGCCAGCAUUCACCUCUCCAAGAGGACCGUCCAGAGGAUACGACUCAAUCUGGUGCUGGCACUGAUCUACAACCUGGUCGGGAUCCCCAUUGCAGCAGGUGUCUUCAUGCCCAUCGGCGUCGUGCUGCAGCCGUGGAUGGGCUCGGCGGCCAUGGCCGCCUCCUCCGUGUCCGUGGUCCUCUCGUCACUGCAGCUCAAGUGCUACAGGAAGCCGGAGCUGGCGUGGUACGAGGCGCAGGCGCAGGGCCGCAUGAAGCCCGUGGCCGAGUCCCAGGUCAGCGUGCACGUCGGCAUGGACGACCGGCGGCGCGACUCCCCACGGGCCGCGCCCUGGGACCAGGUCCGCUACAUCAGCCAGGUGUCCCUGUCCUCCCUCAAGUCUGACGGGCUGUCCCGGCACAGCGCCGCGGCCGACGACGAGCGGGGAGCAAGUAGCCCCCGCUCCUGAGUGACCGGGACGGGGAGCCGUCCGUCCGAAAGCCGCAGGCGGUUGUGGCCCCCACCCGGCCCCUCCCUGUGUGGCCGAGGCUCCAGCCUGACAGCAGCAACAGCAGGCGGCGGAGCCCCUCGCCAGCCCUGGACGUUCUAGAUCACCCCUCCCUGCGGCUUGCGGACCGCGCUGCCGGGGUCCCACGGGCUCGUUGGAGACCUUGCUGGCCUCGGGAAGGGGAGGGACAGCCAGCCCUCCUCGCAUCCUCUGCCGUAGCGUUUGGGAUGACUGCCUGUGAAACGAGGACGAUCUCGUUGGGUCCAGAAACUUAUUAAAUGGGCCUGUCCACAGAACUCAUUAAAACCUCGGGCUCCGGCGCUUUUUGACGACACCCAUGUGCAUCGCGUAUCCGAGACCACCACUUACCUCAGGUGUCCCCGUCUUUUCUGCUGGCGCCAUCUCUUCCUUUUCUGUCCUUGACCCUGGGGCUGUGGCACCCCGUCCUCUGAGGCCCGGGCUGAUGUCCUCACGUCCCCGCGGCUGCUCUGCGAGGGGCUCGUGUGCUCCUUCCUGAAGCCCUCGCCCACACGGCCGCCAGAGAGCCGCCACGCUUCUCCCUCCUCGGGGUGAGGAGAGGUCUUCGUUGCUUAUGACCCUCUUCUCCGUGGAGUCCUGGCUUCUCAAUGCCGCCGAAUCCAGUGCUGUCGCUGACCGUCACUGCCCAGCUCGAGUGAGGGUCUCAGAGCCCGAGACUUGAGAAAUUCGGCUUCUGGGGGUGGGUCCGGGGGACCCAGGGAGGCACGUGGUGCAGGAACCUGCUUGCUCCGUUCCAGGGGCUUCGGCUCUGUGACUGUCACCUCACGUGGUCCAUCGUGGGAGUCAGGUCAGUGCUGCCCCAGUGCCUACAGCACUCCGGGGAAACGGUACCCAAAUAAGAGAGGAAAUCCCAGUCCUCCACAUGCAUUGACUUCUGCACGCAGAGCUGGUGCCUUAGUUAGGGGGUGACCACAGUUUCCCAAGAGAACAUCUGUUUCUAACUUUAAGUGGCCUUUGUGGUUGCACAGCAUCGGAGGGGCAGCAGUGGGGCCCAUGGCGGACUCAGAGCUUGGUGGUGAUUGGCAGACCACGUGGGGUAGACUAGUACUAUCAGAAUCUUAGACUAGGCAGUGCAGAGCCUGUUCUAAGUUCCAAGGUGAAGCCCUUAUCACACACAUUUUGGUUAGUUAUUGUCAGUUAUUUUCCAGGGGGAUAUAAGCACUUUUUAUAAGUUACCUCUAAGCCUCCCAACAAGCCAGCAAAGUUAGAUACUUCACAGGCGGGAAACAGGCUCAGAAAAGCUAGGAAUCCCACCCAGGAUCACACAGCCAGUAUACAUGGCAGAACAGGGAUCUGAAUUCAUGUCUGUUGGCUCUGAAGUCUUUUCUCUAACUUGGCCCUACCUUGAAUAUUUCACUCGAUAAGAAUAAACAAGAAAAAGGCCCUUGUGCUCCCGGAAGAACGAACCUGCCAGGUGAUAUAUUUGCUGACUUGGGGUGAAAUUUGACCGCGAGGUCAUGUCAUGUUCCCUUUGGAUGGUUCCUUUCCAUUUGCAUAUAAUUUAGUUUUUGCUGGGUCUUAGCCUCUUAAAUGGAUGUGCAGGGUUUUGUUGUGUUUUUAUGGUUUCCAGUCUUCCCUCCCCUCCCCAGCCCCUUCCUGCUCUGUGUUCCCAAUUGUGUCCUCUCUUUAUUCCUGGCUGUGCUUGGGGAAUGUGUCCUGUUUUCUAACUGGGCUAAUCAUUGUCUAAAGAAUCUAAUUAUAUUGAUUUUUCAAAAAGCUUUUAGGACCAUAAGUGUCAUAUUUAUAGGGACAUGGAAAUAUUUAUAUAAUUGUACAGAAAAUAACCUUUCAGAGAUAUUCAAAGUAUAAGUUUUGUUUUUUGGUUUUUUUUGGUCAGAAAAGAAGAAUUCCUAUUUCAAAAACUUUCCCAUGCUAUAUUAGAAUAAAGUUUCUUUUUCUAUUCAUCUAAAAAUUUGCCUUUGGCUGGCUCCGAGUGGGAAGUGUGUGGGAGCCAGUGCAGCGCCAUCUUUGGUGAGAACCUCGAGGUGCUGGCUUUGCUCAGUGCCUUUCAGGGGGAGAAAAGAAUGCGGUUUAACAGUGGAGGCCACGAGGGUGGCCAGAGCCCUCUGACGGGCCAUCCCAGCACUGUGUGAGCCCCUCUCCCGAAGGCCUUCCCCAGUGGUCUGUGGGGAGAGCUCUGGAAAGCACUGCCUCAGGGUGCCUGUCCUGCUGGUUCAGACACGGGCCUAGAUGACCCCAUCAUAUGCACUUCCCUGGUUGAGGGCGAUUGUCUACAAAUGGCCGUUCUCAAAUGCACACAUUUAAUCAGAAUGGCUAUAUUUUGGGAUCCUCGGUCCUGAAGGAAUCGGGUGGGAGGAGUUGUAGAAAAGUCUGGACCAAAGUGCUGUGCUGGGAAGGCUCUGUGGGCAUCUUGUGUGUGUGUGUGGGGGGGGGGGGGUCCUAAGUGAGCUGUACCUAGAGGUGAGGUGACAGUGUGAUUCAUCAUCCAAACCAGGAUACUUUUAAGAGUGAAAGGAGCUGCUACUAACAAUUAUGACAGGGCAACUGGCCUAAACUGGGACUACCCAGGCAAACUGGGACGUGUGGUCACCUCCCUUAAAAGGGAAAUAGACAUUUUGCAGUCGUCACUGACACAAACUGUAACACUUUAGAACUUUGCCCUGAUUGUAGGUUCCACAGACAUGCUGGUGACCUAAUCCUUCAUCAGACUGAGAGAUUUCCCCCUGUGUCACAUCCUGAUACCAACACUUCUCUGUAGAGUCAUUAAGGUGACUGUCUGGCAGCUUGGUGUGAGUGCACAGCUGGAGAGCCAGGCAGGGCUACGCUAAGUGGCCUCCAGCACAGCCUUAGGACUUGACACCCAGCAUGCUGGACUCCUUUUCUGGAGGCCUGGCUAUGGGAAUUUCAUGUCGUAUGCAGGUCCCGUUGUGGAAAGGGAAGGUUGAGUCCAUUUCUUUAGAAAAUAGACAUUUUCUAAAACUUGAGCAAAUUUCCCUGAUAGGAUUCCACAUGCACCAGAAUAAAUCAUAACAUCUGUCCAUUCCUGAUAACUUUUCAGCCUUUAAGACCUUAGUGAAGAAUUGUGAUAGGAUCACCUAUUAAAUAAAUGAAUGUAAUAAUUCUAGUUUUUCUCUUUCUCUUAAACGGCACCUGGAAAUUGACAUGUCAAAAAUUCGGUCCCCAAAUUGUUGUUCUGGUUUACUGUGGAACCAAGACUAAUAAAAAUGACCUUUAUUUUAAGAAAAUCCAGCGUAAGCCAAAAUCAGCCAGUCAAAUAGGUGAAUUAGAAAAAGAUUUGAAUUACAGAAGGAUUUUUUUUUUGCUUUGAAAAAUUCAUGAUGAUACUUAAGCAGCUAAGUUCCCUAAUCUGUAUAAAAUUCUUUAUGAGUGAGAAAAGUUUUAUUUGCAUACAACUUUUUCUUCACUGCAUCUUUUGUUUUAAAAGAAGGUAAGGAGUAGCAUACAUGAGGAAAUGCUUUAAAAGCAGCCACUCAUGCUGACGCUCGGUGGUUUCCCCUUCAGAUUACCUUCAUGUGUGGGAAAGCUGAGUUGGUAUUGGAAAGUAUUGUGGAGCUCUUAGGAAUGAAACCACCCUCCCUUCUUCAUUUUCAACCUCAACUUGGGCAGAGACAUGAACACCAUUGUUUUGGUGCCUUCCGGAGGGAGAUGUCUGCUUGUCUGCCGUGUUCCUUUGUGUAAAGACAAUGACAACGGCUGAAAUUACAGGAUAGAAUAUGAGAAUGUUAAAUAACGCUGUGAAAUCCCAGAGUCUCCUUUACUCUGUUCAAAAAGAUUAAAAAAAUAAAUAAACUGAUGGAAAAUCAUCCAAGGGCUAAGAUGAAAACAAGAGCUAAUGGAAAUUUAACAUUUUUUUCCACUGAAAAGGAAAUGGCAAUUAUUUCUUCUUAAUAUAAACAUGAAACUGCUUGUAGCAAAAAUUGAAGCAUGCAGAAAAUUUAUAAAGGGGGGAAGAGGCUGCCAUAAUACCACCACCCCCAAAAAGGAAACCCCAUGGGCAUGAUUUCAUGGAGGGGUGUCCUUUGCGAGGGGACAGCACUGGGGCACUGAGAGAGCAAAGCCUAUCUGCCCAUGGGGGACCCAGCUCCCUGACCACAUUAAAACAAUCUGAGCACAGAGGUGCUGUAGGGGCCCUGUUGUGAACUGAUGGCCACCCAGGUACCCGUAAAUUCAGGGGACAGACAGCGUUCAAAUACUGUGGGUGUCGCAGUUGGGUCCAUCACUCUUGGCUCAGCUGGUCCUCACAGUGGUGUGAAGAGAUAUUUGCAUCCCUGCCCCAUUUCAACAGUCAAGCUGACUGUCCAGGAGACAGAGCCAGGCUGAGUGUUUAAGCCCAUUUGCUCCGGCCACAAAGCCCGUGUGCCCCUCUGGGCUACCCCCUCCCUGCAAAGGUGACGCUGGGCACUCUCCUUAGCAGGAGAAGCUGGGCUUCCUUGCCACCCCUUGGUGCCUUGCUUGGGACACGAGAAGUGUUCUUUGGCAGGAUAGUGUGGUUUAUCUCAAGAGCCACCAGGUGUCUCUCUGACCAAAACAACUUCCCAGUCUGCAGCCAGAGCCCAAAUUCUCUUGAUCAGUUUUUGGAUGCAUCUGGAAACUCAAAUAGACAUCACCAUAAUGAAAAUGUGGGUGAUGGGGCAGAGUGUGAGGCUGGACUUAGCCCUGGCACUGGGUGCCUCUACGAUGUGCUUGUAUCUGUACUUGCAGCCCAGGGUUUGAGCCUCCUCAAAUUUGCACUUAGCCGUGCAGAGUACAUCAGUGGGAUGACUCAGCAGUGACAUUCCUUUGUUGUCACGUGUGUCUUAGCGUCAUAUAAUAUUCCUGCAAGUUUAGAUU